AUGGCGGCCCCCAAGUACAGAUAUACCGACGUUGUGUUCUCGAUACAGGACAGAAUCGGGGUCAUCAAGUUUAAUCGGCCCAGGUCCUUGAAUUCUUUCGGCGGUAACAUGAUGAUGGAUCUGGCGACGGCUCUUAGAGAACUGAAUGAGCAUCCUGACACGGUCUUCACUAUGAUCACUGGAGAAGGCAGAUUCUUCUCCUCCGGCGCCGACAUUCUAGCGAAAACCGGGUUGCACAAUGACAUCCACGGGGAUAAUGUCGAAUUCCCUAGUCUGGCUGCGAAGAAAAUUGCCAUGAUGGCGAAAAUGUCAUUCGCGAACGAACUGUUGCGAUCCAUGAUCGACCAUCGAAAAGUCUUGGUGUUAGCUCUCAACGGUCCUGCCGUAGGUGGCGGAGCGACGUGGUUCCCAGGAGUCGCCGAUAUUGUUCUAGCUGCCGAAGGAGCAUACCUUCAAACCCCAUUCAGUGCACUGGGGCUUGUACCUGAACUCGGUUCUGCCACAAUAUUCAUGCAGACCAUGGGCGUUCAUCGUGCCAACGACUUUCUCAUGCUCGGUCGAAAGCUUUCAGUGCAAGAAUUGGAGCAGUGGGGAGUGGUCAAUCGUAUCUUGCCUAAAGAAGGUUUCCAUGACCAUGUACUCGAGUUUCUCCGAGAACAAUUGGCUGUCAAUGAUGGGAAGAGCAUGAUAGAGGCUAAAAGACUGCAAAAUCUUCCCCUGCGGCGGGAUAGAAUAUUGGCGGUUUAUGAUGCUUUGGAAGCGUUGGCGGAAAGGCAUGUCGAGGACGCUCCGAAACGAAGGUUCGCUGAAAAGCAGAAAUUAUUACGAGGUAAGUGGCUUCUCCUGUUAUCUAUUCCAUCUCAACGACUUUUAGGGGUGUACUAA